GGAUUUGUUUGUUUCAAUCAAAUGCCCACCCACGCCACGCAAGGAAGCAAGGAAGCAAACCGUCCGUCCCUAUCCAUCCAUCCUCUUCUUCUUCUUCUCCUCUGCUUUGCUUCAAUGCCAAGCCAUCCUCGGAUCGCUUCUCUCCUCUCCUCUCCUCUCGCCGGCGACGACUCUCCGUUCUUCACCCCGCGCAGGAAGAAGAAGGAGAAAGAAAGAAAGAAAAUGGCGGACAGCGGCGGCGGCGGCGACUGGGAGGUGGUGUCGCUCACGGCCUCCACCUACGCCGCCGCGCCGGGACCAAUCCAAGUCUCGCCCCUCCUCCACGCCGCCCACAAAACAGCAGAGUCGCCUCUUCUUCUCCUCCCAAAUCCUCCUGCUCCCCCUGCACAUUUCUUCAUGUCCCAGCACUUCAAUCUGCCACCGCUUUUUACUAGUACCCAUCCUGGGAAUAAUAAGGGAGGCCAAGAAUUACAAGAAUCCGGCCCUGCCGUGCCGGACGGUGAUGCUUCCGAUGAUGCCGACGGUCUCAACAUGCCCAUCAGCCCAGAAAACUACUGCCACAGCGAGAGCGAGAGGGAGGAUGUGCUGCUUCUUGCUAGUCCCGCCGGCAAUGGCCUUGGCCUGCAGGUGGAAGGAGGAGGUGAUCAACUGCAGCCAACCACCACGCCCUGCUCUCUUCCUGACGUUGCUGCAGGUUCAGAUGCUGCUGCUCCUGCUCCUGCUUCCGGCGGAGUCGCUGGCAAUGCUGCUCAGGCUCAGAAGAUAGGUUGCGCGGCAACUGAGCCACUUGGUCAGGCGAAGGUCAGCAUGCUUGGUGGAGGAGGCCCUGUUUCUCAGCAGGGGUAAAUUAACUAAACAAGCUGCGUAGUAUGCUGCUGCUGAUGAUGAUGAUGAUGGCGAAAAACUUAGUAUGGUAGCUAAGUAAGAAGUUGAUGAUGACUUGGAUCGAUGAUGAUGACGAAAAGGGUGUGGUGAAUACUUUCUACUUACUCUGAUCCAUGUAAGUGGAGUGGUAUUACUUAAUUAGUAGCUAGGCAAUGGAGUAAUGAACAUGUGUGUAUGGGUGAGCAGUGGUGCUGGUUAAUUCCAUCUUGCUAACUAGUGUGAGUGUGGUGCUUGUAAAAUAAAGUGUUGUGUUUAAGCAAGCAGAGACUGAUAUUUCUUGUUAGAAGAUGAUUAACCAGAGACCGACUGAUAUAUGAGAUGGAUGGGGUUUGUUGUU